AUGUUCCGGAAAUCCAGUACCAGCCCCAAAUGGGCCCAUGACAAAUUCAGUGGAGAGGAAGGAGAGAUUGAAGAUGACGAGAGUGGGACAGAGAACCGAGAAGAGAAGGACAAUUUACAGCCCACGACUGACCCGUCCCACCCGACGCGGGCCCAGUACUCGGCUGCCAGCGGUACCUGCCGGGCUGUUGGAGGGCGCUGGGAAGCUAUGGAGGUCUUCGUCCUGGCCGCAUACCGCGCGCAGAAGGGGGACGAGCUGAGUUUGGCACCCGGGGACGUGGUCCGGCAGGUGCGCGAAGGGCCCGCACAAGGCUGGCUGCGCGGAGAGCUGAGGGGGCAUUACGGCCUUUUCCCCGAGCAUCUAGUGCAGGAGAUACCAGAGACACUACGGGGUGUGGGAGAGGUGCAGAGACCGCGCUGCGCGCGCCGCCGAGGUCAGCCCGCCAAAUCUCCGGGCCCUCAAAGAUGGUGCAAAGUGAAUUUCAACUACAGCCCAGAGCAGGCGGACGAGCUGAAGCUGCAAGCUGGGGAGAUUGUGGAAGUGAUAAAGGAGAUUGAGGACGGCUGGUGGCUGGGGAAGAAGAACGGGCAGCUGGGAGCCUUCCCAUCCAACUUUGUGGAGUUGCUGGACAGUGGGCCCCCAAGUAACCCAGACAUGCCUUCAAUCAGCCCUGGUCCCCAGCGGACUCCCAAGCUGAGCAGCCUGAGCUAUGACAGCCCUCCAGACUACCUGAGGACAGUCUCGCGCCCUGAGAUCUACAGGGUCCUGUUUGACUACCAGCCUGAGGCCCCAGAUGAGCUGGCACUGCAGAAAGGAGACGUCGUGAAAGUACUGAGGAAGACCACAGAGGAUAAGGGCUGGUGGGAAGGAGAGUGUCAAGGCAGAAGAGGCGUUUUUCCAGACAACUUUGUGCUCCCACCACCCCCAAUCAAGAAGCUUGUUCCACGGAAGGUGAUAUCUCGAGAAUCAGCUCCUUUUAAGGAACCGAAAAAGUCGAUGCCUAAAACAUUCCUCCCUACAGUUAAGAAGCCGGUGACUGCCCCCAUUGGACUCAGCAAAGUCAAGACAUCUUCGACACCCAGUAGGGACAGUCAGAAGCUCCCCUCCCGAGACUCAGGUAAGGGCUGCCUUCCUCCAAUGGGGGAAGGUGGCAGCUUCCCCAGUGGGAAAAAAAGACCCAAAACCCAGGCUCCCCGGCAACGCUCUGCAUCCAGUCAGGACGAAGAGCAGAGCAGCCAAGCAAAGGCCUCUUCUGUGAGUAGAACCCCUACUCUGGACAAGGCUGCUAUCCCAGAGGAGACUCUAUCUACAGAGGAGGCCCCCAGCCCAAAGAAGAUCCCAGCUCCUGACAAAAUUGCCAGCCCAGAGAAAUCCCUGGCUCUGGAAGACAAGGCCCCCACCCCAGGAAACCGCACCCCAGAGAAGAUCCUGGCUCCUGACAAAGUCCUCAGCCCAGAGAAGACCCUACCUCUGGACAGGAGUCCUACUCCAGAAGUCCCACCUAAGGACCCGACGAUGGCCCCUCUGGGGGAGGAGGCUCUCUCCCUAGAAAAGGUCUUGACUCCUGAACAGGUGGUUUCUGAAGAAGAGUCAUCUACUCAAUUCCAUCACUCCUCUGCAGAAGAAAUCCCGCAGAAGGUUGAGCCCCUGGUCAUCCAAGAAUCUCAAUCCCAAAAGGUCCACAUGUCAGAGGAGCCUCCACUCCAGUCCAGUUCCUCAGAGAGAUGCCACUGUCUGCUGAAUGCCCCCCUAGUUAUACAGGACAGCUCCCCACUUCAGCCUGAGCCCACCUCCAAGCCAGGGUCCGUGCCUGUCCCUGAGACACCUUGCGCCCCAGGGGAGGCUACAACCUUCCCAGAGGGGGCCCCUUGGAAAGAAGAGGCUGCUCUCAAAGAGGAGGUGCCCCCUAAAGAGGCACCUCCCAAAGAGAUGCCCCUGAAAGAGAUAGCCUCUGCUCCCCAAAACACACAUCUGUUUAAGCAGACUUCAGACCAAGAGAUUCCCGCCCCUUCCCUGAACUUGCAAAAUUCCACGGAAAGCAAGAAUGACGGAGUGGAUAUAAUGACGCUAAAGGGCGAGGUGGAGUCCCUAAGGAGGGCGCUGGAACUGAUGGGGGUGCAGCUGGAGAGGAAGCUGACCGACAUCUGGGAGGAGCUGAAGAGAGAGAGGAAGAAGCGCCAGUUGUUGGAGGCUCAGGUGAUGCAGUGGACCCAGGAGGCCCUGACCCCGGCCCCGGGCACCAGCCACGCGCAGACGCAGACGUACUGA